AUGAAGGUUGAGUUGGAGGUUUUAGCUUACACAAGCAUCAGAAGGAAGAAACCUUGGCCAAGAUUGUUAUGGAUCGGAAAGGAAAAAGAAAGUCUGUUAUUAUUAGAUGAAAAUAGAGUUGGUGUGCUAUAUCUACCAUCUGGUAAAACCAAAAGACAAAUACCCAAAUUGUCUCCUUUGAUUGAAGAAUGCCUCACACUUUCAUCAACACCAAAUGGAUGUUAUUUAGUUGGUUUGUUGAAGUCGGGAGAUAUAUUUAUAUGGUAUAAAGAUAAAGAUAUAAUAAAAACAAUAUCUGGUUUAUCCCAACUAUUGCCAUUAACAACUCUAUUAACAGAGAGUUGUAAAGUUUAUAGUUGUAAUGAUGGUAGUAAACUAUUAUUAGUUGUUGGUACUGAUAGAUACUUUGUUUGGAAGCAACAUAUACAAUGUCAGGAUUCAGGACCAAUACUAUCUGGUGAUUGGAUCUCUGUAAUAGUUCCUGUCAAUGUUCCAUUACCAACAUCUGAUUGUCUGGAAACAUCAACAAAUGGAACAUUCUAUGAGAGUCAGAUUUGUGGAAGUUGUUGUCAGUGGUCUGUUGUAUUUAAUCAUGGAAAUUCAGUUUGUGUCCGUACAUUACUACUUCGAUUUCCUUCUCCACAUGAACUCUUAUCAGAAAAUUGUCCAACUGUUCAUAUAGAAUGGUGCUGCUUACAAUACAGUAUAGAUAAAAUCAACAAAAACUGUGAAAUUGUCAAUAGUAGAGGAGCUUAUCAGUCAUCUUAUUCAAAUGAUGGUCAAAUCCUAGCUAUAGCAGUAAAUCAACGAAGUCCUGCUUAUUCUGCUAUGUUAUUUAUCUCCCCUUUAACUGAUACUUUAUUAGUUUCACAAUUACAUGGUUGUGGUCUGAAGCAACCUGAAACAAGACAUGGAAGACAAUAUUGGGUAAAAGAUAUGGUAUGGACAGUUGAUAAUUUGUUUGUAGCCUGUAUUUUGAAUAAUGGUAGUGUAACAGUAUUAUCAAGAUUAGGAGAACCAGUUGUAAUACAUAUUGCUGGCUGUUCUAUAGAUAUAGGUCCUAAUUAUUAUUUACCAUUGCAUCCUUUAGUACAUAUACAGUAA